GUGCGGGCUUGGCUGCGCGGGAGCGGAGCGCAGUCUCCCGGAGGCUCGGGAGGACGCGGUGCGGGGAGUGGGCUGCGAGGCACGGGUACGCAGUCUACCCGAGUGGGGUGCGCCCCGGGCGCCCCUUCUCAGGCGGUGUCAUCUCCUUGGAUCCGAGGCUCCAGCUCUCCCCGGCUGCCCGCCCCGCCUCGGCCCCGCCCCGGCCCGGGUCGCCGGGACCGGAGCCGGGACGCGGUGCCGCAGCCGAGGCAGGUAGGAGGCUGGGAAUCUCCAGCCCAGCGCUGCCCGCACCGGCCGGGGCGCGUCAAGCCACGCCAUGGCGGAGAAGGCUCUGGAAGCCGUGGGCUGUGGACUGGGACCCGGGGCUGUGACCAUGGCCGUGGCGCUGGAGGAUGGGGUGGAGCCCCCCAUGCUGACCACUCACCUGAAGAAAGUGGAGAACCACAUCACUGAAGCCCAGCGCUUCUCCCACCUGCCCAAGCGCUCAGCCGUGGACAUCGAAUUCGUGGAGUUGUCCUAUUCUGUGCGAGAGGGGCCCUGCUGGCGCAAACGUGGUUAUAAGACCCUCCUCAAGUGCCUAUCUGGGAAAUUCUGCCGCAGGGAGCUGAUUGGCAUCAUGGGCCCCUCGGGGGCUGGCAAGUCCACAUUCAUGAACAUCUUGGCAGGAUACAGGGAGUUUGGGAUGAAGGGGCAGAUCCUGGUCAACGGCAGGCCACGGGAGCUGAGGACCUUCCGCAAGAUGUCCUGCUACAUCAUGCAGGAGGACAUGCUGCUGCCACACCUCACGGUGCUGGAGGCCAUGAUGGUCUCUGCUAACUUGAAGUUAAGUGAGAAGCAAGAGGUGAAGAAAGAGCUGGUGACAGAGAUCCUGACGGCUUUGGGCCUGAUGUCCUGCUCACACACGAGGACAGCCCUGCUCUCCGGUGGGCAGAGGAAGCGGCUGGCUAUCGCCCUGGAGCUGGUCAACAACCCGCCUGUCAUGUUCUUUGAUGAACCCACCAGUGGUCUGGACAGUGCCUCCUGUUUCCAAGUGGUGUCCCUCAUGAAGUCGCUGGCCCAGGGUGGCCGCACCAUCAUCUGCACCAUCCACCAGCCCAGCGCCAAGCUCUUUGAGAUGUUUGACAAGCUCUACAUCCUGAGCCAGGGUCAAUGCAUCUUUAAGGGCAUGGUCACCAACCUGAUUCCCUACCUGAAGGGGCUCGGCUUGCACUGCCCCACCUAUCACAACCCGGCUGACUUUAUCAUCGAAGUGGCCUCUGGCGAGUACGGAGACCUGAACCCCUUGCUGUUCAGGGCUGUGCAGAAUGGGCUAUGCACCAUGGCUGAGAAGAAGAGCAGUCCUGAGAAGAAUGAGCUCCCUGCCCCCUGCCCCCCUUGCCCUUCGGAAGUAGAUCCCAUUGAAAGCCACACCUUUGCCACCAGCACCCUCACACAGUUCUGCAUUCUUUUCAAGAGGACCUUCCUAUCCAUCCUCAGGGACACGGUCCUGACCCACCUGCGGUUUGUGUCCCACGUGUUGAUCGGCGUACUCAUUGGGCUACUGUACCUGCAUAUCGGUGACGAUGCCAGCAAGGUCUUCAACAACACUGGCUGCCUCUUCUUCUCCAUGCUCUUCCUCAUGUUUGCUGCUCUCAUGCCAACCGUGCUCACGUUCUCCCUAGAGAUGGCAGUCUUCAUGAGGGAGCACCUCAACUACUGGUACACCCUCAAGGCGUACUACCUGGCCAAGACCAUGGCAGACGUGCCCUUUCAGGUGAUGUGCCCCCUGGUGUACUGCAGCAUCGUGUACUGGAUGACAGGCCAGCCAGCGGAGACCAGCCGCUUCCUGCUCUUCUCAGCCCUGGCCACGGCCACUGCCUUGGUGGCCCAGUCUUUGGGGCUGCUGAUCGGAGCUGCCUCUAAUUCCCUACAGGUGGCCACAUUUGUGGGCCCAGUGACUGCCAUCCCUGUCCUCUUAUUCUCUGGUUUCUUUGUCACUUUCAAGACCAUCCCUACCUACCUGCAGUGGAGCUCCUACCUGUCCUAUGUCAGGUAUGGCUUUGAGGGUGUGAUUCUGACCAUCUAUGGCAUGGGACGAGGAAACCUGACCUGCUUGGAGAAGCAAUGCCAAUUCCAGAAACCACAAAGCAUCCUCCGGGCACUGGAUGUGGAAGAUGCCAAGCUCUACAUGGACUUCCUGGUCUUGGGCAUCUUCUUCCUGGCUCUGCGGCUGAUGGCAUACCUUGUGCUCCGCUACCGGGUCAAGUCAGAGAGAUAGAGCCUUGGCCCCAGCCUGUGCCCCAGACCCCGCAGCAGGAAGCACCCAGUUCCAGCCCUUUGGGACUGUUUUAACCUUGUAGACUUGGGGACUAGCUGCUGGUGCGGCCAAUCUCCCCUCUCUGGCUCCUCUGUAGGCUGGCUGUUGGACUUUUCCAGCCCUCCACAUCAAGCCCAGGAGUCUUCCCAAGUUGAUGCAGUUUGUAGCUUCCUCCCUUCUCUUUCCCACAUCUGCAUGCAAACUCCACUGGGAGGUGGCCACCCUCCUUCCUACCCUGGGCACCCUUUUCUGUGUCUGCCUGGGAGCCCCAGGCUUUCGAGGCCCCCACUGACAACUGACCAAAGUGGCCCCCUCUGGGGGUCCCCACCACACAAGUAUUUAUAAACUGGGUUGUUUUAAAGGUAGGGAUUCCAGGGCUGGUCCCUGGAGGGAUUCCAUGGAAAGCCCUUUUGGAUGCUGGAAUGGAGCAGGGAAGGACUCUGGAAGUCUCUUCCUUCUCCCCCCCCCCAAAAAAAAACUCCCCACAUACCCCUAACCAGACAGAAGCUGGAUUUUCUGUCUGAAUCACCCCUCCCAAUCCUGGGGAUUGGAUAAGCCUGGAGCCACAAGAUGCCUAGUCCUCGUCCCCCAGCACCUUAGUGUGUGUGUGGAGGGGGGGGAGGUUUGUGGCACCUCUGCAAUAAUGUCUGUUUCUCCUCAACCUGCCCCUGGAACUGGAGAAUGCACUUUAUUCUGGGUGUGAGUGGGAGAAGCCCUGAGCCUCAUUUCCAGCUGCUCCCGAUGCACAGUCCUGCCAAGGCCCCUGCCCUCUCCAGAGAAAACAGACACAUACUUAUGGACAAUCAGCCCCACACAUGCUGUCUAUCCAGCUCGGAAGAGUGAGGAUGAUGUGGUGGUGGAGGGAGCUGCAAGGAGAGCAGAGCCAGCCUCUUCCUGAGGAUCCCCCUGUGACCCUAAGGAUGAAGGUGGUGCUUCCCAGAGUCUCCAGGAUCUGUAGGUGUCUACCCCCCAAUCACACCCUCAAGCCAUGGGUGGCACAGGGCACUAGCUCCCUGGUGUCCAGGACGCAGCACAAGCACAAGCAUGGGCACAGGUCAGCUCUGGCCACUGCCAUCCCAUGGACUUCUUUUGUGCCUCCAGCUGACAAUCUUAUUCCCUUCACCCUUAUCCAGCUACCUGCUGCUCAUUCAGACUUCUGUCCUUGUCUCCCACCCUGUCCCAUCAGCCCAUCAGAGCAGCCUGCCUGCCCUGGGCACUGGAAUGACACACACGCCUAGAAAAUGUCUGACUUUCUUGGUAGGUCCAGACUCUGACUUUCCCUUCUCCCAAGACUCCCUAAUUCCUGGACUCGUACACCCUACCUCCCUACCCUGCCAUGGAUUCUCUCCUCACACAGAGAUGCCAGUUGUAUUUGUGGGAUUUCACCUGUUAUUAAUAAAACCUAUAUUUAUACAGUA